AUGUUUGUGCACCUGUCUGCCUGCCUGUUUGUGCACCUGUCUCUCUGUCUGCCUGUCUCCCUGCCUGUCUCUGACCUCCGUGCCCCGAUCUCGCCCUCCCAGGUGGAGUACGACGGACUGACAGGGCGGGUGGAAUUCAACAGCAAAGGCCAGAGGAUCAACUACACUCUCCGCAUCCUGGAGAAGCACCGCAGGGGUCACAAAGAGAUCGGUAUCUGGUUCUCUAACAACACCCUGGUGAUGAACUCCACCUCUCUGGACAUCAACGUGUCCGAGACCCUGGCCAACAAGACGCUCACAGUCACCACCAUACUGGAGGACCCCUACGUGAUGCGGAAGACGAACUACCAGGAGUUCGCGGGCAAUGACCAGUACGAGGGCUUCUGCGUGGACAUGCUGAAGGAGCUGGCCGACAUCCUCAAGUUCUCCUACAGCAUCAAGCUGGUGGACGACGGUCUGUACGGCGCCCCUGAGCCCAACGGCUCCUGGACGGGCAUGGUGGGGGAGCUCAUCAACAGGAAAGCAGACCUGGCAGUUGCCGGCUUCACCAUCACUGCCGAGCGAGAGAAGGUGAUCGACUUCUCCAAGCCCUUCAUGACCCUGGGGAUCAGCAUCCUGUACCGAGUGCACCUGGGCCGCAAGCCGGGAUACUUCUCCUUCCUGGACCCCUUUUCUCCUGCGGUCUGGCUCUUCAUGCUGCUGGCGUACCUGGCUGUCAGCUGUGUGCUCUUCCUGGCCGCCAGGCUCAGCCCCUACGAGUGGUACAAUCCGCACCCCUGUCUGCGGGAGAGGAGGGACGUGCUGGAGAACCAGUACACGCUGGGCAACAGCCUGUGGUUCCCAGUGGGCGGGUUCAUGCAGCAGGGCUCUGAGAUCAUGCCCAGGGCGCUGUCCACUCGCUGUGUCAGUGGAGUCUGGUGGGCCUUCACACUCAUCAUCAUCUCCUCUUACACGGCGAACCUGGCCGCCUUCCUCACGGUGCAGCGCAUGGAGGUGCCCAUCGAGUCGGCCGACGACCUAGCGGACCAAACCAACAUCGAGUACGGCACCAUCCAUGGGGGGAGCACCAUGACCUUCUUCAUGAACUCGCGCUACCAGACGUACCAGCGCAUGUGGAACUACAUGCUGUCCAAGCAGCCCAGCGUGUUUGUGAAGAGCACGGAGGAGGGCAUCGCCCGCGUGCUCAACUCCAAGUACGCCUUCCUGCUGGAGAGCACCAUGAACGAGUACCACCGGCGCCUCAACUGCAACCUCACGCAGAUCGGGGGCCUGCUGGACACCAAGGGCUACGGCAUCGGCAUGCCGCUGGGCUCUCCGUUCCGGGAUGAGAUCACUCUGGCCAUCCUGCAGCUGCAGGAGAACAACAGGCUGGAAAUCCUGAAGAGGCGCUGGUGGGAGGGAGGGCAGUGUCCCAAGGAGGAGGAUCACCGGGCCAAAGGACUGGGGAUGGAGAACAUUGGAGGCAUCUUUGUGGUGCUGAUCUGUGGCCUCAUCAUCGCUGUUUUUGUCGCCAUUAUGGAGUUUGUCUGGUCAACACGACGCUCGGCUGAGACUGACGAGGUACGACAUCACAGCAACAGACACAGACAUACACCAACACACUGA